AUGAAUCUAGCUCAUUUUGAAUACUUAGGGUUGUUAUAUGGAGCUUUUGGACUUGAAAAGUUGCUCAAGCUACGAUCGACAAUCGGAGCUCAAAGCUUUCGACCAAAAAAAACAGGCGUCAAAGGCCUCGUCGAUGCCGGAAUUCGGAAAAUCCCUCCCAUCCUCUUCCACCCACGGGACACCACUCCCAAAAUAUCCACCGCUGUUGUCAAGAUUCCAGUCAUAUACCUUCAAUCGACCCAUAGAGCAUCGAUGGUGGAGAUGAUUCGUGAAGCCGCCGCGAACCUAGGUAUUUUUCAGGUGUUGAAUCAUGGGAUUCCUGUGAGUGUUAUGGAUGAGGCGGUUCCAGCAGUUCGUAGAUUUCAUGAACAAGAUGAAGAGGUAAAGAAAUGGUUUUACACGAGGGAUCUUUCGAGUACACUAGUGUAUAACAGCAAUUACGAUCUGUAUAGUUCCCCUACCUUGAACUGGAGAGACACCUUCUUUUUCAUUUAUGGCUCCGUCACCUACGCCGCCUGA